AUGUUAGGUAGUAGUAAUCCAUCGACAUAUCUAUUAGCAAGUAGUUCGAGAAUGUUUCACGAUGAAAUCUUUUCUGAUGAUAAUGACGAGUCCAACAAUAUGCCAAGUAAUUUAAUCAAUUCCCAUCAUCACUCUCAUACAAGUAAUAAUAAUAAUAAUACGUCAUCGAAUCUGAACGAUGACAACAUUCGUCGAUAUCGAACAGCUUUUUCACGCGAACAACUAGCACGACUUGAAAAGGAAUUUCUUCGAGAAAAUUAUGUUAGUCGACCAAGACGUUGUGAGUUGGCUGCAGAAUUACAAUUACCAGAAUCGACGAUCAAAGUUUGGUUUCAAAAUCGACGAAUGAAAGAUAAACGACAAAAACCCACUUUUCCUUGGCCAGGUUACCCGGGCGAUCCAUUUUCAUACUUUUCCUAUAUGUAUGCAGCUGCAGCAUCAGGUUGUGUUCCUCCACCUUCAACACAGUCAACCGGCACCGCAGCUCUUCCUCCGAUCAAUCCAUUAGCCGUCGCAGCUGCUCGGCUAGCAGCCACAAGAGUACGAUCUAUUCCACCAUCUCAAAUACUCAACGGUUCAACUGACACAGCAAAUUCAUAUUCGUCAGCUUCAUCACCGACUUCUUCUAGUUCGUCUCCGAAACAAAAUCAUCAACAACAUUCGCCUUCAAAACCAUCGAUUAAUUUUGCGCUGCCCGCAAUGGGUCUCGCAUCGUUUUUAUCCAAUUCAGUGAACGAAUCACCUACAUCAACCAGCACAUAA